AUGUUCCAGAAGGCAUUCGCUUUCGAUGGUUGGAUAGGGUGCUGGGACACGUCAGCUGUGAGGGACAUGCGUGGAAUGUUUUCUGGAACCUCUGUGUUCAAUCAGUCUCUUGGUACCUGGGAUACUGCAAAGGCGACAGAUAUGAGCGGUAUGUUUGAAGGAGCCAUCGCCUUUAAUCAGCCGGUUGGCGAAUGGGAUACCUCCGCUGUUACAGACCUCAGCCACAUGUUUCGUGAAGCCUCAUCUUUCAAUCAGCCGGUCUCCUCGUGGGACACUCGAUCUGUCACAACCAUGAAGAGCAUGUUUGACGGUGCCCACACAUUUAACCAGCCUAUCGCUUCGUGGAAGACUGCAGCGGUAACCAACAUGCAUGCCAUGUUUCGCCAUGCAUCGGUAUUCAAUCAGCCGCUUGGCUCGUGGGAUAUGGCGGCUGUUGUGGAUGCCAGCUACAUGUUCUAUGGUGCAGCUGCUUUCGACCAGCCAUUGGACUCAUGGAAUAUGUCGGCGUUAGCGGAUGCGAGCUUCAUGUUUCAUUUGGCCGUGUCAUUCAGCCACACAAGAGACGUGUCUUUCUGGCGCUCGGCAUCAUUCCCUGCGAUCCAAACAGAUGCGACUCAUUCCUUAUUCGUCCAGGCGAUGGACGGCCUGGAAGAGUCAACUAAGCACGACCAGUUCUUCUAUCUUGCAGAUGAUUUCGCCCGCCCGCCUUGCCACACCGGAUUCAGGAAUGCCCAAAGGGAGCUGUUCCCACCCCGGAUCAAGGUCGGGGUACUCUGGUGGCGUGCGCGCAAAGCUGCGGAGCUCGCUGCCGAGAUCGAGGCUGCGAAG